AUCAAUGGUGUUUCCAAGUGGAGCUUUACGCUAUCCCGAGUUCAGCCCAUCAUCAUCAUCAUCAUCAUCAUCGUCAUCGUCCUCCUCCGGGUUCCAUCUUUGCCUCCUCGCUUCUUCACUUCACGCUCUUUCUCUCUCUGUCUCUCUCUUUCCUUGUCUCUCUCACUCUCUGCCUACUUUCUCUCUCUUCAUCGCUUUGUGUCCUGUCGGAUUUCCUCUCUCUCCUUGUUCUUUACGUCCGACAAGAGCUCAACACUCUUUUCCCUGAUCCUGGGCCUUCUACGUCUUGCCCGAAUUCGUCUGAAUAAUCAUGGGUAACAUAGGAAGCAGCGGCUCGGGCGGCCGCCGGGGACAGGGUAGUCGGCGGAGUCACCCUCCACCGCCGCCUCCCGCGCAGCCACAGCCCGAGAUCCCGCCGAAUCGGUACGUCUUUGCGGCAGCGACACCUUUUCCAACUCAGUACCCCAACGGUAACCCCAACCCCAAUGCUAACUCUCCGCAGUACUACCCCCAGUACCCGGGAUUCUACCCGCCUCCGCCGGCGGCGGUUCCGUUGCCUCUGCCGGCUCCUUACGAUCACCACCACCACCGCGGCGGCCCUGUCCAUCACCCGAGCUGGGUGGGCGGUCGGUACCCCUGCGGCCCCAUGGUGCUACAGCCACCGCCCUAUGUGGAGCACCAGAUGGCGGUCUCGAUUAGGAACGAUGUGAAUGUGAAGAAGGAGACUCUGAGGAUUGAGGCCGAAGAGGAGAAUCCCGGGAAGUUUCUCGUUUCGUUCACCUUCGAUGCCACGGUUGAUGGAAGCAUCACUGUUGUUUUCUUCGCAAAGGAAGGAGAUAAUUGCAACUUGAUCCCGACGAAAGAGAUGCUUCCUCCAGUAACUGUACAUUUCCAACAGGGUCUGAGCCAAAAGUUCCAACAGCCACCGGGAACAGGAAUUGACUUCUCAAAGUUCAAGGAAAAGGAAUUGCUGAUAGACGGUGAAACUGAAGUCUAUCCUCUUGCAGUGAAGGCAGAGGCAAGUUCCUUGAAUGGGGGAUCUGAAGGGAAUCCCACGCCUGAAAGCAGGAACAACUUGCAGAUCACUCAGGUCACGUUUGAGAAGGAGAAGAGUGACUAUAAGGCUAGGGUCAUGAAGCAGAUUCUAUGGGUGAACGGGAUGAGGUAUGAGUUGCAGGAGAUUUACGGGAUCGGAAAUUCCGUGGAAGGCGAUGUAGACGGGAAUGACAUCGGAAAAGAAUGUGUUAUUUGCUUGUCCGAACCACGAGACACAACUGUUCUCCCUUGUCGGCACAUGUGCAUGUGCAGCAGCUGCGCGAAGGUGCUGAGGUUCCAAACCGAUAAAUGCCCCAUCUGUAGACACCCUGUUGAGCGGCUCCUGGAGAUCAAGGUCCGCAAUACUCCCGAUGAAUGAACUACUCUUCACUCCUGUAUAGUACUCUGCCUGCUGCAAUAUAUUAGGCUUGUUUCGAUCUAGUCAGUCCCGUGCUGUAGUUCUCCUGCUGCUGUUCGUCUCAAUUCUUUCUGUUUACGGUUGUCUUGACCUUGAUCUGCUACAUUCUUCUGUAUUGCCUGGAUUUCGAAUAUCAGGCGAAAGAAUUUGUACUAAAAUUGUAAGUCAAGCAUAAUCAAUUCCUCCAACUCCAAGUUCCCCUGUUUCUGGAAA